GAGGAGAGAGACGGAGGUGCAGUUAAAAGUACGAAAACAUUUCGAAAGAAAGACUUUGUCUUUGGAUGUGCAUAAUUCAACGAAGCCAACGAAAAUAAAAUAAAAUAAAUUUCUAAAAAUCAAUCUCUCUCAUUAAACACCUAGUUGAGGAAAAUUCCAGAUCUCGAUCUCCCCAGUUUCACUAUCAAUGGCGAAGCCAAGGCUUUCGCGCGUUCCGGCCCGGAGAUCUUCAUCGUCAACCAUGUUUCUAACUCUGCUCAUCAUGUUCACCUUCCUGGUUUUGAUUCUUUUGGCGCUCGGGAUCCUUUCAAUUCCCACCAGUAACUCCCGCAGUUCGCACAAACCCAACGAUUUGAGCUCGAUUGUGCAUAACGUCGUCGACAAAAACGAUUAUGAUGAAGGGGUAGGAGAGCAAUGGGUUGAAGUCAUCUCCUGGGAGCCUAGAGCUUUUAUCUAUCACAAUUUCUUGUCCAAGGAGGAAUGUGAAUACCUAAUUGACCUUGCCAAGCCUCAUAUGGAAAAAUCAACCGUUGUUGAUAGUGAAACUGGCAAGAGUAAAGAUAGCAGGGUACGUACAAGUUCUGGAACAUUUCUGCCUAGAGGACGUGACAAGAUUAUUAGGAACAUUGAGCAGAGAAUUGCAGAUUUUACCUUCAUACCUGUAGAGCACGGGGAAGGACUUCAAGUUCUCCACUAUGAAGUAGGCCAAAAAUAUGAGCCUCACUUUGACUACUUCAUGGACGAGUUCAAUACUAAGAAUGGGGGCCAACGCAUAGCUACAGUCCUUAUGUACCUCUCAGAUGUUGAAGAAGGGGGAGAGACGGUGUUUCCUUCUGCAAAGGGGAACAUUAGUGCCGUGCCAUGGUGGAAUGAAUUAUCUGAAUGCGGAAAAGGGGGACUUUCUGUCAAACCAAAGAUGGGUGAUGCAUUACUUUUCUGGAGCAUGAAGCCUGAUGCAACUCUAGAUCCUUCAAGUCUGCAUGGUGGCUGCCCUGUGAUUAGAGGAAAUAAAUGGUCAUCUACAAAAUGGAUUCGAGUCAAUGAGUACAAGGUUUAAAUGGCAGCUAUAAAGUUGACAGGAUUGAAUUGGAUUCCUUACUGUCCUUGUUGUACUUUGGAAAGUUAAAAGUGAGAGUUCUACAACAGCUUGGGCUUGGUGCCUUCUUCCUAUCAGUUUACCGGUCGUGAUCUUUCCUGCUGACUUGGACACAUGCUCAUACUUUGAAUUUUGUUUUUGGGGUUUGUUUCCAGAUUUAGUAAAGGAAGUGCCUGUUUUUUUUUUUUUUUAUGUUACUACUAGCAAUAAUUAUAGUAGAAUAAAAGUCAGGCAAAAGCAAUACAUGCCAAAGUGUAAUGCCUAGCAGUGCAGCAUAGAUGAACCGAUUAAUGGGAACACACAAUCAUUUAUUUGACAUAAUAUUACAAUAUAUUCAUAACA